ACUGGCCAAUUGAGCCAAUGGCAAGCAAGCCUUCCAAAUCAAAACAUUGUCUUUUUCGAUCAGAUAAAACUCCAACAUCAAUGGCGAAUAACUUGUUCCUCAAAGGCUUCAGUGUCGGCCUUCUCAGCGGCGCCACCGGAUUGAUUGGCUAUUAUUUUGGAGCUGUGGACGCCACUCAACCCCUCGUCAAUGCUCAAAACGAUUCUGGCCAACCCAAAUGGAUUGAACACGAAGAUCCACGCAUUCAAAGAUGGGACUACAAUUGGGACAAACGGUCUCCGGACAAGUUGGUCAAGCCCCUACGCAAGUCACAGAUGCAAGAUGAAGAAGCGGUGGCCGAACGCAAGGCCAAGGUCAAAGAGGCCACGCCCAAGUCUGUGCGUCGAGUUAUUCUCAUCCGUCACGGUCAGUAUGAUUUAAGUGGGCAGGAUGACGGUCAGCACCACUUGACACCCUUGGGAUUUGAGCAAGCUGAUCGGACGGGUCGGCGAUUGGCAGAAUUGUUGGAAGAUUGGAAAACCAAUUGGGCUCGGGACAAAGAUGGACAACAGGAGAAAGUCCGAAUCCGAUUGUACAUGUCUUCUAUGACGAGGGCGACCGAAACGGCCCAAACCAUAUUAAAACAUCUGCCCGAAUUGGAUGAAGUCAAGUCCUGCAAUUUCAUCCGAGAAGGGGCGCCCAUCGCUCCGGUUCCUGGCAUUUGCAAAACCUUGUGGAAUCCGGACCCCAAGGACUUUUUGGAGGAGGGAGCCCGGAUCGAGGCCGGAUUUAGGAAAUAUAUGCAUCGCAUUCCGGCGGGUGAGGAGGACAUCAAAACGAUCGAUAUCCUGGUGUGCCAUGGGAACGUGAUUCGAUAUUUCUUGUGCCGAGCCAUGCAAUUUGCUCCCGAUGCGUGGCUCCGGUUCGCCAUUCAUAAUGCCAGCAUUUCAGUGAUCAGUUUGGGAGCCAGUGGGCGGCUCAGCUUACGUACAUUUGGGGAGAUCGGACACAUGCCCACCGAUAUGAUGACCUUCAAUUGAUGAUAUUCCCGACCUUUCGAUUUGAUGAAUAAAGACGAUGGAGAUCUGCG